AUGGAAUAUCCAUGUAACCCUCUUAAUUGGGAGUUCUAUAACCAUGAUGAGGGAUUAUUAGAGGACUUGAAGCAUUCACUUCUAUACACAAGUUUGGAGCUAGAAGCAACUAUUGCAUCAGCCAAAGAAGAGAUUACAAAGAAAGAAUACGAACUCAUUCAUGCUAAUGAUCUUUUAACCAGAGUCAUGAAAGAAAGAGAUGAAGCCAGAGCAAAAUGCCAUAACCUAAUGCUGGAAAAACAAGAGUUUCAAACCGAGAACAAAUCACAAAGUGAAAAUGCUUCUUCUUCGGAUUGCGAAGAAAAUAGUUCAACAACAGUACCGACACAGUUUCAAGCAGUGUUGGAAUUAGCAGAGAAGAAAGCGUUGCCGAAGAAAGGAAAGCUUUUGAAGGCAGUGGUUGAAGCUGGACCAUUGUUGCAGACACUUCUCCUGGCCGGACCGUUACCGCAGUGGCAACAUCCACCUCCACAGAUGAACUCAAUUGAGAUUCCACCGGUUUCGAUUUCGUCUCCGAAGGAUCUUUCUUUGAGCAAGAAAAGGGAGUUUGCGCUCUCUUCAGGUUCUGAUUCUUCUGUUUCAAAGUGUAGAAAAGUUGUUCAGAACUUGCCAACAAAUCAUUUUCUACCAAAUCCACCAUUUUCAUAA